AUGCUCCAGACAAGUCACUUUCAUCCUUUUCCUCUAAUUCCUCUUUAUUCUUUCUGUUUUUUUUUUCUUUCUUUUCUCUUUCGGCCGCACUCACCCUCAUCACUUUCUCUCUUCAUCGUUCUCAUCCUCCUCCCUGCUACUGCCAUGGCAGAAUGCACUGAUCCCCGGCCACCACCUGAUUGGCUUCUUCCGGUUCGUCAAAUUACAGACCCAACUCACCACCACCGAUCGGAACUCGGACUCGGACGACUCGACUGUGCUGAAGAGUGAGUCUGAUUACCAACUCGGACUCGUUCGAGGUGGGUCGCCUCAUUGGCAGCUAUGGCUUCAUGAAUACUCAUCUGGAGAUUUGGGGCAGUUGAGGGUUCAAGAUGUAGGAGAAGGCAGUGUAAAGAUCAGGCUAUAUAUGUGAACAAGAGGAAACAAUCAAAUGCAGAAGAUACUUUGUUACCAAGUUGCUUCAGGGUACGAUGAGAGGUCAUAUACUUAGUACCAAGACUUCGGGAUUUAGCCUUUUCUGCGGACAAUAGGUAUUCAAAUCUAGAAGGGAGGCCUGGACUACUGUCAGAGGGACUUUGGAGACGAGCAUCUACUGCUGGUGCCUUCACACCUAUGGAUAGAAGAGCAUUUGGACUAGCAGAUGACAUAUGUGCAGCUGGGAUCUUACAAGCCAUUGGUAAUUUUCAUUUUGGUCCAAAUGUAUCGCCAAGAGAUAUCAAAGACUUCCAAAAGUGCAAAGUGAACAUUUUCAGUCUCGCUUAUGAAGUAGUAAAAUUCUAUCUGUUUUAUGGGAAAGCAGCAGCUAAAAGCUGUGGAGGCCAUUAAAGAGAAGGAAUUGGUGGGGAUGAAGAACAUGACUAGGCAGGAAUUUGUUGCUUCCCUUAGAAGGAUCAGAACUUGAUGGCAGAGAAUGUGACCGUGUGGAUCACCGAGCUCGGUCACCACUAUUUUUCAGGCAACUCAUUUUGGGUGGUUGACGGUUUUUACUUACGCGAGCGAGUUUGGUGUGAUUGUGUUAAAUUGAAGACGCAACGGGAGUAUCGAGACGCUUCCAUUAGUUUCUUCGUUGUUCUACAGCCGUGUAACCAUAUAACAAAGAUUGCUCUCUCAAUUUGGAUCUCCGCCGUGAAUCUCACUCUCAGCUCUCUCUCACUCUCAGCUCUCCCAUAUCAAUAUAGUCGACGAACAGGUUUCUUCUACAGCCGUGUAACCAUAUAACCAAGAUUGCUCUCUCAAUUUGGAGCUCCGCCGUGAAUCCCACUGUCAGCUCUCCCUUAUCGAUAUCGUCAAUUGUUCGGGAAGCUUCUAUUGAACAAAGUUAUCGAACGCAGAUCGAUCUUGAUUGUUUCACAGUUUCAACUGCAUCCCUCAAUCUGCCAGAUACUACGGUUGGGCUGAUAACAAGUACAAAAGGUUUUGCUUGCUCCUACUGUUUCUUCGAAGUGAUUUAUUUGUGAGAUCGUCUGUAUUCCAGGUUUUAUAUCGGUCUUGACGUUUUAGGGAUUUAGUUUAUCUUCGGCUUUGGGAAUCUGGUGAUUGAUUGGAAAGGUUGCAAGGUUUCGCUUACUACUACUGUUCCUGUUUGAAGUGAUUCAUUUCUUAGAAGAUCAGUGUUUAAGAUUCUAUGCAAAAAACUUUUGCCAACAUUUUUCUGCUGCUGUUCCUUUGUCUGCUCUUCAAUAUUAUCUUGGUUUUGUAUUGUUAUUCAGAUUUGGGGAAUAGUUUGCAGUCAGAUUCAUUAACUGUUAUUGAUCCAGUUAUGCUGCCGAAUACUGGAACAACAAAAGGAAAAAGAUCAUUGCAACAGAGGGAUCAUUACAUUAAGUCAGGAAGAUGGAAGCAAGUAUCUCAACAAGACCCGGUGGAAGAAGAAGAGAUUGUGCAGAUCAAUAAUGAAGAAAUCGAUCAUCAAGCCAAAUCAAGGAUAUCAAAAAGAAGAAAACAAGUAUCUCAACCAAUAAUGACAAGAGAGAAUCAGCUUGGGGAAAUGAACAAUCAGAAUGUUGACAUAAUGGAAGAUCGUGGUCAACAAGAGGUUGUUCAGAUCACAGAUGAAUAUCAACAUUCAUACGGUCAAGCAUCAUAUCAAAGAAGUAGACAAGGAUCCGCUAUUGCAUAUGAAGAUUCAGGUUUCACAUGCUACUAUAAUUGUUGCUGCAAUUGAUUUAUAUGUUGUAAGAAAUCGGUCUGCAAGGUGUGAAGAAAAGGAGAAGCUUGAAUCUGUAAAUCAAGGAAAAUUUGGGUAUAGCAAGAAGGAAGAUAUGGAAUUACCAUUGUUUUUGAUUUGUCUGCUUAUUUUUGAAGAGAAG